UACACUGCACAUGGAAUGCAAGGCCCAGGCAGCGGAGCGGAUAACAAGACGACGGCGAAAGAGAGAACCAGGAGGAAAUCAGUUCAACAACCCCAAUGGCAGUUUCUUCCUCCGUGGGCUCUGCCAAAGCCCCAGCUUGCUUCCUUGCACCCCGAAGAGCAGCAUUAGCGCCAGCGUGCUCGUGUCUACCUUCCAUCAAGAUGUGCGCUUCUGCUGCUGCGCCGGCGGAGCCCAAGAAGACCGUCUGGGUGUGGACCGAGAAUCGGCAGGUGAUGACGGCGGCCGUGGAGAGGGGGUGGAGCACUUUCCUCUUCGGAUCUAAAGAUCUCGGCAAGGAUUGGUCAUCAACUGCUCGCAUCAAUCCUCUCUUUAUUGAUGGCCCGGAGAUUUUUGAUGGGGAAAAUCAAAAGGUUGCUGUAAUUUUGCAAGUCUCUUCACCCAGAGAGCUUGAACUUGUACAACCAGACAAUGUCGAAGCAGAGAACAUUGUGAUAGACUUUCGAGGUGGUUGGCAGGUCAUACCGGCAGAAAAUAUAGUUGCUGCCUUCCAAGGAUGUAGAGGAACUGUAUUGGCUGUUUCAACAAACUCAACGGAGGCUCAAGUUUUUCUUGAGGCCUUGGAGCAAGGGCUUGAUGGAGUUGUACUUAAAGUAGACGACAUGGAUGAUAUCAUUAAGCUCAAGGAUUAUUUUGACAGAAGGAAUGAGGCAAAGAGUCAAUUACUGUUGACAAAGGCUACUGUAUCAAAGGUUGAAGUUGUUGGUAUGGGUGAUCGUGUUUGUGUGGAUCUUUGCAGCAUCAUGCGACCUGGUGAAGGCCUUCUGGUUUGUGUUGGAUCCUAUGCGAGAGGAAUGUUCCUUGUUCAUUCUGAAUGCUUGGAGACAAACUACAUUGCAAGCAGGCCUUUCAGGGUCAAUGCAGGUCCUGUACAUGCAUAUGUCACUGUCCCUGGGGGCAAGACUAGCUACCUCUCAGAGUUGCGAUCAGGAAAGGAGGUCGUAGUGGUCAAUCAAAAUGGGCUAUGGCGUACUGCAAUUGUGGGUCGCGUGAAGAUUGAAUCAAGGCCUCUCAUCCUUGUAGAAGCAAAGGAGAACUCUGGCGAUGAUACAUAUAGCAUUUUCCUACAAAAUGCAGAGACAGUUGCACUUAUCACGCCUGUUAGAGGAUCAAGUGGAAGAAUUGCUAUUCCUGUGACUUCACUGAAAGUUGGUGAUGAAGUUUUGGUGAGGAAACAGGGCGGUGCCCGUCACACUGGGAUAGAGAUUCGCGAGUUUAUUGUUGAGAAAUGAAAACAGAAAUGCCGAAUGCACCAGUUACCUCGUGCACCCUUUUUUUUGCACAAGAUUUAAUGUAUGCAUGCAACUUACACACGAAAUCAAGACUAUCUGAAUCACCAUUGAAUUGGAGCAACAUUGAUCUAUUUUUCUGUAGAUAACCGUGCAACUUAAUGAUGAAUUUUCCAUUUUCAUGUGAAAUAGUCUGACGGAUAUCCUACU